AACCGUAUAAAUUGACUAACAUCUUAAGGCUACACUGUCAAUUGCUUGUAUAACUAGGCGAUAUCACCAUGUUCAGAAAGGCUGUGCUUUGCUUGUAUAUCGCGUGCCUCGUAUUGGUUAAAACGAUUGAAAUUCCGGAUGCAUUAAUAGACGAAGUAGCUGCUGCCUGCAUGAAGGAGAAGAACUUCGAUAAGGCGAAGCUCUCCGAAAUGUUCGACGAUGAGUUCCAUAUGAAAUAUCCUCACGAUGUGACAUCAAAGUUUAUGGAUUGCGCCCUGGGCAAAGUUGACUUUUUCCAGGAAGAUGGCGCGUUUAACAGGGAAGUACUUACCAAAGACCUUGCAAAGGCGCUACCAAACUUUCUAUCGGAUAAGAUUGAUGACAAGAAAGCGGCAGAACUAGCGAACGAAAUCUACCAUGACUGCAGUGUUCCGAAAGGAGAAAGUGCUGUAGAAAAGGUGGCCAAUUUCCACAAUUGCAUGAUAGUCGAAUUGAAGAAGAAAGCAACCGCCGUCUAAAAUAACCCGUAUUUUAUGUGCAAAAAUAAAUUUAUACAAGCAAACAA